UCCAGUAGACUACCAGAGUCAACGCGCGACAUUUGAAUUCAUUCUGGAUUCGUUGAGCCUGGCUGACUACCCUGCUACUUACUUCUCCAUUUACUUCAUGUUGAGCCAAAUGCAGAGCCCUCCAUCACAAAGCCUUCUAUUGCAACCUCGUCAGAUGGACUUUUCUCUUCGUAAACUGUUUCUGCUGGCCUGUGUCUUCUACACAGAAGCAAAAGAAGAUUUGUAUCUGCUUGAAGGACAUCAUGUGAAACUGGACAUCCAGGGUCAUGAGCAACUUAGGAGAGAGAAUAUAGAUUUUGUACACUGGAUUUUCCACAAACCAUUUGUCAGAUUUUAUCCUGUAACAGAGAGACUGUUUUUACUUCCAGACUAUAGGCCUAAUGGCACCUUGGAGUUUGAUUCUAGAAACUUCUCUAUGAAAUUGAAAAACCUUCAGAAAAAUGACAGUGGGCUCUACAGAGGAGAGAUUGGUACUGAAGAUAAGAUCUUGGUUACUGAAUACUCACUCUCCAUCCAAGAACCAGUCACAACCCCAAACCUGAUGGUAGACUCUAACUGGUCCAGCAGUGACUCCUGUAAUGUCACCCUGACCUGCAGUGGUCGUGACCUCUCUGUGACCCUCAUCUGCAACGGCAGCACCUGCAUGCACGAGGGAGGAGCAUUCACUGACCACAAACUGAUUGUCAUAGUUAGAGAUGACAACAUUCUUUGUAACUACAGCAACCAAGUUAGCUGGAGUGAGGCUGUGUUAGAAAUGGGAGAAGUCUGCCCUUUUUACAUAGGACAAAAGAAGGCCUCCUCAGAAACUGAAAUGUCAUCAUGGUGCUUGAUUGGCAUCAGCUGCUCUGUGGGCCUUACAGUUUUUACUGCUUUUGCUCUCUUGAUGUUACGCCACAGAGUUACGACACAGAGAAAUAAAGGUGGAAAUGCAACAGAUUACUAUUCUGAGGUUGCUCAUCCACCGAAUCAAGCAGAAGCUCAGACCCUCACCCACAGCUCUGCAUCCUCCCCCUCCCAGCAUGUUUUAUUCAAGCAACCCCACCAGGAUGAGGGAUUUUAUUCUCUUUUAAGGCUGUAAGCUAAGUCUGCCCCCUGCUGGCAGUGUCUUUCCUGUAGACCUUAGCAGGCCCUCCUGCUUUUAAAAAAACAUAUUGUGUCAUAAUGUGCCAUUGAGAACAGUUGUAUUAUAUUGUAGAUGAAUGAACUAACUGAAAAACAAAAUGUAUAUAAUGUGUUUGUUUAUCUCAUAUUGAGUUGUAAGCA